AAAGAAGAACACCAUCCCUCUUGCGCUCGUGGAACCCUAACCCUAGAAACCCACCGCCUCUCUCUCACACUCGCCGACUGUUCUCUCUCUCUCUUUCUCUCUCUCUUCGCCGGACGCUUCGCGCUUCGUCGGGAUGGAUUAGCUCCCUCCGUUCUUCCCGUCCCGCCGCCGCUAGCCGGGCUACCGCUCCUCCCUCCGCGUCUCCGCCGCCGUGUACUUCCCUUCGGUGCCCGCCUCUGACUCUCCCCCUGCCUGACCGCCUGACCUUUCCCUCCCUCCGCCUUCGAGCUCGCCCCUUCGGUGCCCGCCCGUGCCUCUGCCCCGUGCUGCCCGCUUGACUUUUUCUUCCUCCGCCGCCGCGAUGGACGCGGUCGAUCCGGCGCUGACGGGGGCCGCCAUCGCAAAGCGUCUGGCCUCUAGUGACAGGACGACCAGGGGCAAGGCGGUCCGCGUCCUCCGCUCAUGGCUCGAGUCGCAGGAGGACGUUUCCGAGGAGGAGAUGAAGCGAAUAUGGAAGGGCCUCUUCUACUGCUUCUGGCACGCGGACAAGCAAGCGUUCCAGAUCGAGCUCGCUGAUCGGCUUGCCUCGAUCGUCGCGGCUCCCAGCCUCCCCCUCGCUGCUCGAUACUUCGAGUGGUUCAUCGUCACUAUCCGCCGUGAGUGGAGCGGGAUCGACUUUCUCCGCCUUGACAAGUUUUACAUGUUGAUCCGCCGGUUCAUGCGCGGCUUUUUCGCGCUGUUGAAGAAGAAUCAGUGGGAUGCACAAGUCGUUGGGAGGAUGAUGGGGAUCUUGGAGGAGAAAUCCUUAUUAUCGAAUGACGACUACGCGGCCAACGGCGUCAAUUACCAUAUCGCGGAAAUUUUCCUGCAGGAACUUGAGGGGUUCUUGCCGCUGCAGUUGGAGAUCGUUGAGGUUUUGCUCAGGCCUUUCCUUCGAGUAACAGAAAAGUCGCACGAUAAGGUCUUAGUGAAGAAAAUCAAGUCUGACGUCUUCGACUGCCUGUUGCACAGCGCAACGACUCUUUUGAAGGCGAAACAGGACGGAGGUGGGGACGAUGGUGUGGGUGCUAAUGCGGAGGUAGCGAAGUACGGUGCAAUUGCAAUGAAAAUAGGGCUUUCAAAGUGGCUUCUUGAGUCAGCAUCGUCUGAACGAACCCUUCAGAACAAUCGUAAGACAUUGUUUGAUCUGCACGAGGCGUUUGCGAGGUUGGAGAAGUCAGCGGAGGGCGUGGAAGUUCAUACCGAGGCUCCACCUGCGAAGAAAGAACACGUUUGUGAGAGAGAUCCAGGGCAUGAAAAUGGUGGUGUAGAUAGAUUAGAAACCAAUCCUGAGGCUGAUUCUGUUGGUGGAAAUCGGGAGUCUGAUGCAUCGACAUUGCCCAAUGAGACCGGGGUCGUGUGUGAAACAGUUCAGGAGAAGAACACAAAGAAGUCAACCAAGAAGAAGGCUAAGAAGGCGAACAAAACAAAGUCAUCUGACAAGAAAUGGAAUGCAGCGAGCAAAAAAUCAAAAAUUUCUGCUUGUUCUGCUGAUUCAGAAAGGGUUGCUUCCAAUGAGAUGGAGGAUUCAUUAGGAUUGCAUUCAAACUGUGUUCGUGAAUCAAAUGAUGGAAAGCUAAGCUCAGAGCAGAAUGAUGAUAGAGAACUCGCGUGUCAUACCAUACAACUCGAUAAAACCGUCAUAUCCAAUUUGCAAAAGCAGUUUGAGAAAGUAGCAGCAGAAGUUGGGAUGAGUUUGGAUACGCCAACUGAGCUGGCUACGCCCAAUUCACAAGCGCAUGCAACUUCAAAGAAGAGAAAGAGAGGAAAAAGUGUUAAUGGAGUGGUCGGACAGAUUCCUCAUCUGAGUGAGCAAGGAAGCUUGUCAAGCUCACCUGAUUCGUUGGUCGGUGCAUUGUCAAAGAAGAGAAAAAGAAGCAAGAGCGUUGGUGAGGAUGUGAAUGGUAGCCCAGUUUCACAAGGAAUUAGCACGAGUGCCACUGGGAAGAGUGGGGAUAAAAGUGCGAAGAAGGUGAGGUUUGCCAUGAAGAAUAACCUCAUCUGGAAGCCGCACAGCCCCUUGCCGCCUCAGAGCUUGCGCUUGCCUCCAUCAGCGACUCCAAGAGGCAGUGCACUCAAGAAAGGAAUACCUCCUGGACCGAUCCGUGUAGUAAAGGAGUCUCCCAAAUCUAAGAAAGUAAAGCAGCGGUCUAGUUCACUGAAGAAGAGUCGGAAGGUUCCGAAGAGUGUUUCACCAUCCGUCAAACGAAUAUGGAAGUUAUAGAGAAAUUAUCACGACAAUUAUUUGAAUAAUAUAGGAAUGAGUAGCACGGUUAGUUUCUCCUGUUCCACCAAAUCCAUCCUUCUCCUGUUAAGGGUUUGUCUGUUUAUCCCUUUUUUCCCUUCAUUUGCAUUGCAUGAGAUGUGGGAAGGCCUGACUUUUUUCUGUUGUUGUGAUAGAGGUAAAAUGAUGAUUGUGAUGCAGAUGGAUCCGUUGUUCGUUAUUCUUUUAUCAGGUGCAAUCGUUGGGAUUACCCUUUUACCAAUUUCUCUUGUUGUUUUUAUGGCACUGUCGCCACCGUGACGGUCAAAUUGGACAAACUCCUUUUUUGACAAAAUUUUAAUCUUUUAGAUGAUUAUGAAUCAAUAGUUAGAUUCUGGUUCGCUUCA